AUGUCUGGUCUUGAAAUUGCAGGCCUUAUUCUGGGGGCGAUACUAGUCGCGAUUGAAACACUCAAAAUAGGGAGCCAAGGGAUAGCGGUACUCCGACGAAGCCGCAGAUACGAUUAUGAACUGGAGAGGUUGAUCAACAAGCUCGAAAAUGAACGGAUGAGGCUUGAAGAUGUGUGUGAGAAAGUUCUCGUCGAUCUUGUGCCUCACUCGCGAAUAGAGGACUUGAUCCAACACCCCGGUCGCCUCUUCGAUGAUGACCCAGAACUCAAAGCCAAACUUCGAAGACGUUUGUGGAAAGGCUAUGAUCUCUUCGAUCAAACAUUGAGAGAGAUCAAUGCUACCAUGGACGAGGCUAUAAACAGUAUAAGUAUCCAGAUCCGAGAUGAAUCGAACGUUAGACGAUCACUCAGGCACUCGUUCCUCGACGGCUUACUAUCUCGGAUCAAUGAGGGAGUUUCGGUCCUCGAACAGCUUGUGAAUAGGAGCAUACAGCUCGAGCCAGCCAGGAAGAUACGCUUCCAAGGCAAAUUCCUGUGCUACAUGCGAGGCAUAGCAUCUGAGCUCUUUGCAGCCUUACAAGCAGGAUUUGGCCGUCCAUGCGAGCAUCACCUUGGUUUACAGUUGGAGAAACGGACAUCAGAUAUUGUUCCAGAUGAUAUAAAGCAUGACAGUCUCAUCAGAGGCGCCGAAUUUCGUCUCUCUCUCUCGUAUAAAGAACCCGGUGCGAGCCCUGCCGCUCCAUCCAGCCAUGAUACAAAAUGGUCGGAUGUAUUGGUCAAACCAACGCCUGCAGCGCGCUCCCUCCAGACACCUCACAAGAAAUCGAGAUGGCAGCACGCGAGGAACAUGUGCAAGCGACCAAGAUCUUAG